AUGGUAAUAUACAAUAAGUGUUACUGCACCAAAUAUGCUAACUACAGGGAUAUUAGUCUAACACCGGCGGUGACAAAGUUACUGGCCUCAAUAUUCGUUCAUCGCCUCACCGAGAAACGGGGAUCUCGCAUUAGGGAAGAGCUAACAGGUUUCCAGCCAGGAGAACGCUGUAUAGACCACAUAUUCACAGUGCGGCAGAUGCUAGAGCAGCGCCACACAUACCGCAGAUCGACAAUCACUGUGUUCCUCGACUUCACCAGUGCGUUAGACUCAGUCAAUCGACGCAUUCUGCACGAAAUACUUGUGCGGAAAGGUGUUCCCAUAAUAUGCGGGAACAUUUUACGUGCUCUGUACUCGAACACUACUGGUGGCGUUAGGGUCUACGGUGAUUUGUCAGAUGCGUUUCGGACAACAAUUGGCGUAAGUCAGAGUUGCCCAAUUUCCCCAUUUUUGUUCAACUUCGGCGUGGACUGUAUUGUAAAGUGUUCGUUUGCGGAGCUUCACGAUGUAGGCGUGGAGGUACUGUCCAGUGAAAAGCCAGUUUAUCUU